AUGCCUUGUAGUAAUACCAGAGAAAAUGAGCUUUGGCAGCAAUGUAUAAAAUGGAUAAAAUCAACAGGAGUGCUUUCCCCUGAAGCUGAAUUUGACAAAUUAUCCGAUUUUGCCUUUAUUUUGAGAGAUGGAAUUCUUUUGUGUAAUUUGGCUAUUAAAUUGUGUCCAAACUGUAUUUAUUCACAUGAAAUAUUGUCUCAAUAUCAACAAUCACAUUUUGUUUGCUCAAAAAAUAUUGCAUUAUUUCUUAAAGCCUGCCGUGAUCAUUUUUCAAUAAAUGAGGUUUUUAGUGAAGAUGAUUUGUUGGAAUUGCAAAACUUCCCUGCGGUUCUUAGACUUUUGUCGCAACUUUCUAGAAGUCAAAAAUCGAGGCAGUUGGGAUUAAAGCCUUUCCCAGAAGAAACCAUUCUUCCUUCAAAAUUACCAAAUCGAGAAGAAUCCGAUGAUGAUAUUUAUUUAAAUUUGAGAGAACAAUAUGAACAACAACAGCAUCAACAAUAUACAGAAUUUGAUAAUUAUUCAGUAAUUAAUAAACAAAGGGAAGAAGAAGAGGAAAGGACUGGACAAGAAAUAUAUGAAUCUAUAUGUUCUCAAAAAAUACCGAGAAAUAGAUGUUUGCCGUUGAACUACUUAGAAUUUACCCCAACCAACAACCGGGAUCACUGCCUAAAAGAAUUGUUAGAUACAGAAAUUAGCUAUUUGGAUGGAAUACAAACAAUAAUCGAUAGAUUUUACAAUCCUUUACGUUUCCACCUUCAAAGCAGCGAUUUUUUGACAAUAUUUAUAAAUAUUUUUGAAAUUUUGGGGUUACACAGAAAAUUUUUGCCUGAAUUGACUGAAGCUAUAUUACAUAGCCUUGGAUUGGUAAAAGAAGGUGGAGAAGAAGUUUUGGAUAAGAAUUGGGUUGCUCAAGUGUUUUUCAAAUAUAAAAUGAAUUUUACAAUUUAUGGCUUAUUUUGUUCACAAUUGGGAUCGUCUUCUCGUAGAAUUGAAGAGUUGGAAAGAGUUGAUUUUAAUUAUAAAAGAAUUGUUGAGGAAUUAGGCAAAAAUCUUCAAUUUAAAUUGCGUGAUUUUUUAAUUUUGCCAUUUCAAAGAAUUACAAAAUAUCAUUUAAUUUUGGAGAAUUUAUUCAAAAACACUAACGAUUUGACUGAAAAAUCUUUUUUAAACGAAGCCUAUGAAGCAAUGAAGGAUGUGGCUGUAUAUGUGAAUGAAAUGAAAAGAGAUCAGGAAAUUAUUGGGUGCAUUAAUACUAUUGAAAGGAGUAUUUGUGAUUUGGAUGUGAAUUUGUUGCAUUAUGGACGUUUUAUGUUUGAUGGAACAUUAAAAAUUGCAAUUACAGAAAAUGGAACAUCCUCCAAAGCAAAACAAAGAAGUGUUUUUCUGUUUGAGAGUAUGAUACUUUUUGCUAAAAGAGAGGCAGGAACAUACAAAUCCAAAAAUUUUUAUUUUCUUUCUGAUUUUGAUUUAAUUGAAUCUAACGACUUGUCCUCCACAACAACUUUAAAUAAAUAUAAUUCAAUAUCUCGAAAAUUAACGAGCAAUUUAUUUGAUUUAAAUAAUUAUAACAAUUCUUUUUUAAUUGAAAAAAGAAAAUUAAAUAAUAAAAGAAGAAAUUCGUCGAAUUUCUUUGGAGGAAUUGGUAAUGAAGCUAGUAUAAAUUCGACUAAUUUAUUAAUUCAAUUUAUUUUUAAAAAUUUGAAUGAUAUGAAUAAUUGGAAACAAAUGAUUAAAAAAGCAAUAGAAAUUAGCAACCCAAAAGAAGCUUCAGCAUUAGGCCAUUCUUUACUUUACAAAACUUAUUCUUCUGUAACUAUAUGUUCUGUAUGCUCUAAGCUUUUGAGAGGAAAAUUUUUUCAGGGAUAUCACUGCUCAGGUUGUAAUAAAGAUUUUCAUUUGGAAUGUACAAAAAAAUGUGAAUGUUUAGCAAAAAUAAUAAUUAGACAACAAGAAGUGUCCCCAACAAUUUCUCGUUUAUCUUCAAUAUUUCCCCAAACAUUUAAUUUAAAUAAUAAUUCAAAUUUAAAUAUAAAUCAACAAUUACAAAAUAUAAAUAACACAAUUCUGUCGUUAAAUUUUACAAAUGGACAUGGAGGUUAUGGAGGAGGGGGAAGGACUUUGCUUAAUUUGGAUUUUAAAAAACGUUAUAGCCGAUCCUCUAAUUGUUCAUUAUCUGAAGUUAUAACUGUAGACGAUAACGAGACACCAACACAUUUAUUACCUUCUCCAAUGGCUUCUAAUUCAAUUUAUUCCAAAAAAGUGCCAAUGAUUGUUAGCAGAAUAAUAGAAGCAGUAGAUAUUCCUAUAGAAAGACAAAAUAUUCCAGAAGAAUAUCCUUGGUAUUUUGGUGAAAUUGGGCGUAAAAUAGCCAAUAAUUUAUUGGAGGGAACAGAAAAAGGAACAUUUUUAAUUCGUUGGAAUACAAAUUAUCAACAAUAUGUAUUGUCUUUACAAAUUGGGAAUUUAUUGAAACAUAUAAAAAUUGUAUUUGAUGAAGAAAAUAAUAAGUAUUUCUUACAUGAAGAGAGAUUAUUUGAUUCUGUUGUGGAUUUAGUCAAUUUUUAUCGAAGCAACAGCAUUAAAGAAGGCUUCGAAAUUGACGUAAUAUUAAAAUCUACCCCAUUAAAAAGUGCUUUAUUUAUUGCUCAACGUUCUUUUAGUCGUCCAGAUACUUCAAAAUAUUUGACUUUAAUUCCUGGCGAUUUAAUUGAAGUUUUGGAUACUAUUGGGGAGGAUAAGGGAUGGUGGAAAGGGUCGAUUAAUGGAGGCCCUUCAGCCUACUUCCCCUUUUCUUAUGUUAAACCAGAACAAAAUUACCUAGAAGGAGAAGCUUUAGAAGGUCAUAGAGUUCAGCAACUACAACAACGUCAACAACAACAACUCUUAUUAUUUCCUCCACAUCAUCAUCAACGUCAACAUUCUUCAAAUAAUCAACAACAACAAAUUCCUUUAAAUUUUGAAGAAGAAUUGGAGGAACGUUGUAACAAUAAUCGGUGUGAGGAGUAAAUAAUAUGAUAGUUUUGUCCAAUCCCCGUCGCGAAUCCAUCCUAUCGUUGCGAAGCUGACCACCCUUUUUAAUGAUAUUUUAGAUUUUGCCUAUUUCAAUUUGUAUCAAAAAACCAUACCUAGCAGGGAUUGAUUGGUUGACAAUGGGUUUAGAAAAAAGUCGGGUUUCCAAAAUUUUCAUAGAAUCGGUUUCGUGGCGAAAAAAAGUUCGGGAUAGGAUAUUGGGUUUCGAAUAACCCGGCCCAUCCCUGAUUAAAAAAAUUUUUUUGCCGAAUGCUUUUGAGUGCUCUUUGCGACAAAAUGUGUGUGGGGUUUCGCAGCGGUGGAUUUAGCUUGUUUCAUUAUUCUGAGGGGUUUUUUAUAUUAAAAAAAAGAUUCUUUUAUAUUU